CGCAACAGGGGAGGCAGACCACAAGAAAGUAGCAAUUUUGGUUGCGCCAUUAGCAAACUCAACACCAAUGUUUGUUUGGAAAAAAAAUACUUCCAAAUAGGAUAACUACUAACUAAAAACAUCCGAGAAGGAUUUUCGUCGGUGCACAGGCGGAAGUAUGGGGUUUAAAGGGAUUUAAAUAGACGUAAAGCGCUUCGGAGAAUAGCACGCAGCAUUUCUUGAAGAAAACAGAGCGGAUCUGUACAAGCAGAGAAGAAAGAAUCCAAGAAGGCAGAGCAGAAGAUCAACUGUCAACAUGGAAAAACAACAAAUUCUUACAAGAACUUUGGCUGUCAUAGUUGUAAUCGCAUCUGUGAUACCGUUAACAUCUGGAGGAGACCAAAGUGUCAGCAGCUGCUGUAGAACAGUCUCCAGGAAUAUUGUGAAUGAUUCAAUCAUCAGUUACAGGCUACAAAAUCAGAAUUUACCAUGUAUCAAGGCAGUAAUCUUUAAAACAGAAAGGGGGAUAUUUUGCCUUGACUGGAAAGCACAAUGGGUAAGAGAGAAACUUCGCCAGUUUAGAGCUCAAAAUAAACUCGCAUCAACCCACGUGGUGACAUCUACACCAACAUCAUCAUCCAUCAGUAACUUCACUCGUGUGGGAGGAUCUACUCAAACUAACGACAAAGACGAGCAACAAGGCAAUUCCCAAAAACUCAGCGACUGCUGUACAAACGUCUCCAGGAAUAUUGUGAAUGAUUCAAUCAUCGGUUACAGGCUACAAAAUCAGAGUUUACCAUGUAUCAAGGCAGUAAUCCUUAAAACAGAAGUGAAAACCCACUGUGUUUUCUUGAGAGAAAAGUGGGCAUGGAAGAAAAUCUGCAACUUCGAAACUAAUGGAGGAAGCGACUGCGUUAAGCCACGUUCAUGGGCAAAGAAAACGUUCCCCAAGUUUUUUGAUAAAAAAAACUAGCAUCAGAUCGUGUGGUCCAAAACAUCUACACACAUCCAUCAGUAACUUCACUGGGAGGAUCUACUCAAACCAUCUGAUGAGGAGUGUAAAAAUCGUCGGCCAACCAGAGUCGGGGUCAGCUGCUGUAGAGAGGUGUCAAAGGCAAGAAUCCCAUCUGACAUAAAACUGGUUGGAUACAAGCAUCAGAAUGCUCUUGCUCCAUGUG